UUCAACGUUUAUUUUUGUUUAGGAAAAUCUUUCGAGUGGUUAAUUGAAAUAUCGGAGAUUUUUGAAAAAUUUGCGGUUGUUUUUGAAUCGCCCGCCUUUCGUUAUAUCGAUCGUCUUGUCGUUGUCCCAACGUCGCAGACAAGGAAGGAAUUCUCACUGCGUGUUCGUUCCUUUUAAGAAGGAGACGUCUAGAAAUUUGGUGUAGCUGUGUGAGGUGCUUUUCAUAAAACAGUAAGAACAAAUUUUUGUAUGAGUCAGAAGGUAGAAAAACCAGUCCUAUCCGGUCAGCGCAUCAAGACCAGAAAAAGAGAUGAAAAAGAGAGGUAUGAUCCAUGUGGGUUUAGGGAUGCAAUAAUCUCUGGACUGGAUAAAUGCGCUAACGAUUUCGAAGCAAUAUCACGUUAUCUGGACGGUGCUGGAAACAAGCUUGAUUAUCGGCGUUAUGGAGAGGGCCUUUUCGACAUACUCAUUGCUGGAGGCAUUUUGGUUCCGGGGGGUACUUUAUCCCAGGAAGGCGAUGGCCCACACCAGACGGACGCCUGUAUUUUUAACGCCUCGGACGAGAUCAAUAUGGAAGAAAUGAAGAACUGGGAGCAAGUGUUUAUAAAGCUCAUGAGACGUUACAAAUACUUAGAAAAGCUGUUUCAAGAUGAAAUCAAGAAGAUUUUAAUGUUUGUAAAGUAUUUCAAAGAGACUGAUCGCAAGAAGUUAGCCGCUAUGCUGGCGUUAUGGAUUUCGAAUGGUAGCGUUCCUUUUGCGGCUGUGCUCGUUCUCAACAAUUCUCAUCUUAUCAAGGACCAUUUGGCUUUGGACUUUUUAAUUAACAUAUUCAAAUAUUGGCAAACGGAGAGAGGCACCAACUCUCUAAUAUCUGCUGUUCGAAAAGCCAAUCUGGAGCAGCAUUUCUCAACGUUUAUCCCUGACACGAAGCAAUCACAGGUGUACUUCAGAAAUGCUUUCCAAGACAAUGGGCUCGACGAAAUUCUCAAACUGUACGAGGAUCAACAUCAACAGGUUGCCAAGAAAGAGUUACAAACUCUCUUGGGUGAUGCUUUGUCUGAAAAUAAACCUCAACGCGAAAUAAUCGCAGAACUUAAAGAAAUUGCCCUAAAGGACAAUAUUCAAGAACAUGAGACUGUGUGCAUCAUAUGGACCACUGUCAUGGACAUACCCGAAUGGUCCAAAAAAGAGGAAUUGGUCACCGAUCAGGCCGUCCGCCACAUCAAGCAGUAUACCGUCCUGUUUUCGGCUUUCGCGCAAGGUGCUCGAGCUGAACUUUCCCUCGUUCUCAAAGUACAAGAGUACUGCUACUCUAACAUGACGUUUAUGCGUGCGUUCCAAAAGAUAAUCAUGUUAUUCUACAAAACGGACGUCAUUUCUGAGCAAACGAUUCUUAAGUGGUAUCGACAGGACUACAGUGUUAAAGGCAAAAUGAUGUUUGUCGACCAGAUGAAACAAUUUGUCGAAUGGCUACAAAACGCCGAAGAAGAGAGCGAUUCGGACGCUGAAAGCGACUAGACCAAACAUCAUCAGAAAAACUAGUGCCACCAAUAUGACCCAUAAAAAAAACGGUAACAUUUUUUCCAAUGUAUAUACCAUUUUAAACUAUAUAAUUAUAUAAAUAAUACAUAUGUAUAAACAUUCUGGUGCCUUACUGUGUUGGUGUGCGCUGACAGGCAAUAGAGAGCAGAUAAAGUUUUGUAUAAAGAACGGAGUUACUAAAAUAAACGGAAAAUAUCGUGCAUCGGAAAAAAUGGUAUUUGUAUCAACUUAUAAUAACGCCAAUGAAUUACGAGGAACUUACUAUUAUAUAUGAUGUUUUACUGUCAAUUUUUUUAAUAUACAGAAGAAAACUUACGCCUUUUGAGUUUCUUUAGUUUGAGUUAUGUGUUCUUUUGUACUAUUAUAUAAUAAAUAUUUUUACAGUUGGA